AUAUAACCCAGAUAAGAGGCGCCUUUUAAAGACAAACUUCCCCAUAUGAUGAACCAGAAGAGCUACACACUUGUUUGUUUGCACUCAGACCUGAGUUUGGAUUUUUUUUUCAUUAUCCAACAGUUAUAAAAGUCAUCAUGAUUUUUUUGGUAAUUACCAGCCUGCUUCAGGAGGUUGUCACAGUGGCAGGUGUAGCCCUGGACCCGUGCUCUGCCUACAUCAGCUUGAACGAGCCCUGGAGGAACACAGACUACCACAUCAACAAAUCGUCCGGUGUUCCCCUGUGCGACAGCCACGUGUCUGGUGAAUGGUACCGCUUCACUGGCAUGGCCGGCGACGCCAUGCCCACCUUCUGCGUCUCUGAGAACCACUGCGGCACGCACGCCCCCAUUUGGCUCAACGGCAGCCACCCUCAGCUCCACGAAGGCGUCGUCACCCUGCCCGUCUGCGCCAGCUUCAACGACAACUGCUGCCAGUGGAACGGCAGCGUGGAUGUGAAGGCCUGUCCUGGGGGAUACUUUGUAUACCUCCUGCCCAGACCCUCAGUCUGCUUUCAUGUUUAUUGUGGCCAUUUCUAUGACAUCUGUGAUGAGGUCGACUGCGCUGACCCCACAUGUCCGGAGUCCGAGUGUCGCUGUGCGCCUGGAACCGUCCUGGGACCGGACAGACAGACUUGCCUGGAUGUAAAUGAAUGCGAUAAGGGCAACGGUGGCUGCGCAGAAGUGUGUGUGAACACCAAAGGCUCCUGGCGUUGUGAGUGUGGCCGAGGCCGUGUCCUGGAUGCGGAUGGACGCAGCUGUAAAGAGAUAGAAGGCUGUCACGUUAACAAUGGAGGCUGCAGUCAUGGCUGCUCCUCGCUGCAGGACUCCUACGAGUGCCACUGUCCCAGAGGGCUGGAGCUGGGAGAGGAUGAACGCACAUGUCAGGUGCCUGUCCAGUGUGACUCCAGUUCUAUUACAGUGUCUGUUCCUAAGGACCUCGUCGGUGGACUGGACCUCUUUUUGUCCAACUCAUCUUGUCGAGGCGUCUCCAAUGGCACGCACAUCAACCUCAGCUUCAGCCUCAAGACCUGCGGCACGGUGGUGGAGGUCACGGAUGACAAGAUAGUGGGGACCAACCUUGUCACAGGUCUUCCCAGGAGCAACCCAGGCGGCAGCAGGGACUUAAUAGUCCGCACCAGCAAAUUAGUGCUCCCAGUGACCUGCGAGUUCCCCAGGGAAUACCACGUAUCAGACGGGUACCAGGCAAGCCUGCGCAGCUCAGACCUGGAGCUGGCAGGUCACAGUGAGGGAGUCUUCCGGUUCUCCCUGGAGCUAUUCAAGAAUGCAGAGUUCUCAGAGCCCUACCGCACCCCACCUCAGCUACGACUGCACGACUCCCUGUUCUUCGGGGUGGAGCCCAAGGAGAGGGUGGAGGGCCUGUCUGCCCUGGUGGAGAGCUGCUUCGCUACACCCGGGCCCAAAGCCGACCAGGCCCUAAAGUAUUACCUCAUCAAAGAUGGAUGCAUCUCUGAUGAAACAGUGACACAGUACUCAUGCAAAGACCAGCUCUCCAAGCACUACCAGGUCCCCGUCUUCAAGUUCAUUGGCAAGGACAACCGAGAAGUUUUCCUGCACUGCCAGGUGUUAGUGUGCAGGGCAGAAGACUCCCGCUGUGCUCAGCGUUGUCGGGGACGUGUCCGGCGCAACGUUCAGAUGGGUGAACCUCAGGAGCAGCACACAAUGAGCUCAGGGCCCAUCUUCAUCCUGCCUUAGUCGUGACGCUCACAUAAAGCACAAACAUUCAAAAAAAUACCCUCAUGAGCAUGACAUCAGUACAAACAAGGACCACAAACAUCACAUUUGCAUUUAGGUUAAAGACAAACUGACCAUUUCAUUUUAUUUGGUAGCGUUCCAUUGAACUGUCCCUUUACAGUCCCACAUAUUGUAUAUAUACUGUACAUGUGCAUUCCUCUUAUUUACUAUUUCCAGUGUUGUUCCCAGCACUGGAAAUGCCUGGAAUUCUUGUUAAGACUUGUUUGUUUGUCUUUGCCACUUUGCCCUGCAGCGCCGUUUACAUGACAUCACAUUAAAGUGAAUGACAUUUCAAUCAGAAUCCACUCGAAAACUAGGUCACACAUUUCUCAGUCUUGAUUACAGCUCAGAGGUUUAGAGCAUUUAGAAAAGUGGUUUAUAUUUCACGCCAGCGUCAGUGACUUGAAUAAAUACACGUCGCGACAUCUACAGAUGCAUUCUGGCUCGUACUCUCAGAGUGAUGGAUGGCCGAGCGUGUCAUCGGGGAGGAAAAGGGAUGUCAGUACGCCGCGUCCGGAAAUUGUGCGUAUGCUCCGUCAGUCUGCUGAUAAUUAAUCCAGUGAUAAUCAUGUCAGUUAAACUGCAAUUAGUCAUGCAUUUAUUCAUAAAAACAACACCAACAAAAAAAACAAAAAAAAAACAAAUAACCGGCAAAUAACUUACAUCAAACAUUAACAUAGUAGCUGUAAUAAGCAAUAAAUUUACAUGACAUUGACUUAAGGUUUGUGCGGUAAUUAGUAAUUAUUUUGUGUCCUUCUACAUAGAGGAAAUGAAUCCAACUGCAAUAUCCUUCCCAUCAGGCACUGUGUUUGGAGUCAUCAAGUAAUUUAUGGUAAUGGAGUCAUAGAGGCCCAAAACUGGCCUAAAAAAUGAGAAGUGUGGAGAGUGUAAUAUGCAUAAGCAAUUAAUUCUGAAAGUCGCGUUCAGACAAGUGAUAUUUUUUUUUUGUUCUUCCUAUGAAUAAAUUGUAAACCUGAA